AUGAAGGGCCUCCUCACACUGGCUUGGUUCCUGGUCUGCAGUGUGCCUGCAGUGCCGGGAGGCUUCCUAGAACUGAAGUCUAUGAUCGAGGAAGUGACUGGGAAGGAUCCAAUAAUGAACUACGGCUUCUAUGGCUGCUACUGUGGUUGGGGCGGCAAAGGGACCCCCAAGGAUGGAACUGAUCGGUGCUGUUGGGUGCAUGACCGCUGCUAUGGGGAACUGGAGGAGAAAGGCUGUGGCAUCCGGACUCAGGCCUAUGACUACAGAGUCACGCGGGGCCAGGUUAUCUGCGAAUACGGGUCCUUCUGUUCGACGAGGCUUUGUGCUUGUGAUCGGAUGCUGGUCUACUGCUUGCGGAGAAACCUCUGGAGCUACAAUCCUUAUUAUCAGUAUUACCCCAACUUCCUCUGCUAAUGCCCUGUGUGGGCUCUGCUCUGGGGGUUCCUCCCAUAGUGGAGGCCCCCUCUGCUGUAUUCCUGAUGCAUGCCCCAAGGUCUUGGAUCUGUCUUCCUCUGUGGAACUGUGUGCCACUGGGCUGGGCAGCACCCCAGGACAACACCCCAUCCUCCAAGGUCCUAGAGAGGGACUCUGAUCCCGGCUUGGCAAACUCCCAGGAUGGCUGAGCUGGCACUUGUGAAGUUGGCUCUGGGCUGGGAGUUCCCCCAGCUCCAGGCCAGUGCUGUGUUGACUUUUUCAAUUUCUGGAACCGAACUGACAUUACCACCCUCCAGAGACCUUUUACUCGAGUAGAGGCCAAAUUAACUCUAUAAAUCUGCUAUGUAGAUAUUAAAUAAACCCGUUUGCAAGGCUAGUAAAUACCCCCAGCAUUCCCUCUGAUAGGGCAGGGGUAAGAUUGCCUAAACCUUUGUAACUCCCUGCAGCACCUGCAUGCACUCAGGGAUGGAGGUGGAAACAGGUGGGAGCCUUCUUAGCCUUUCAAGAUUUUUUUGUUUUGUUUUUUUCAAAACAGGGUUUCUCUGUAGCUUUGGAUUCUAUCCUGGAACUAGCUCUUGUAGACCAGGCUGGUCUUGAACUCACAGAGAUCCGCCUGCCUCUGCCUCCCAAGUGCUGGGAUUAAAGGCGUGCGCCACCUCCGCCCGGCUGCCUUUCAAGUUUUGUCUGAGUUCAUUUUCUUAAACCUUGGCGUUCUUCAAACCAGAUCUGGAGCUCAAUGCUUCUUCUAGAGGAAGAUGAAACACAGUCCUGUACUACCUAGGACUCGCCUUGGCUAGAGAGGGCAGCAUCCAGCUCCCAGCCCUGGCUUCUGCAGCUGGGUGGAUUUGAACCUCUGGGUAGUCUGAAUCCCUCUGACCUUCCGCGAAAUAGAAAACGAGACUCCUUCCGGGAGCAUAUGGGUGCACACCCCUAAUCCCAGCACCUGGUAGGUGGAGGAGGCAGGGGAGUCAGGGUUCAA